AUGGCAGCACCGCUGAAGGGCAUGAUCCCCUCGGAUUGUGUCUAUGAUUUGAAAGCCUUUGACCCUGCCAGCACGAGCGCCCAAACCGCACAGCUGAACCGCGACGUAAUCUCGGCAGCCGAGAAAGACGAGAAAUGGUGGAAGGUCGGCGCCCAGGUCUACCGCGAGAUGCGGGCGAAGGGCCAGACGGUCUUUCCUCCAUACACGCUCAAUGCCAGUGCGACCAACGUCGAGGUGCCGUCACGUGAGGCCGGCAGAAGGAUCAAUUGCCGCCUCAUCAAGCCAUCCAAUGCAUCUGUCCGGCCUCAGGGCAUAUUCCUUCACAUCCAUGGAGGUGGAUGGGUUUUAGGCACAGCCCAAGGCCAGGAUCGUCUCUUGAGCCACAUUGCAGACCAGACUGGCCUACUGCUCCUCUCUGUGGAAUAUCGACUGGCCCCCGAGCAUAUCUAUCCCGCCGCACGUGAAGAUUGUGAGGAUGUGGUCGAUUGGCUAACAGUGAACGCUCAAGCGACACUAAACGCCGAUCUGUGGUUCAUCGGCGGCGAGUCUGCAGGAGCCACGCUAUCCGUGCUGGCAUUGCUUCACCUCAAGGAACAGGGGAAGGCAAACGGCAUCAAGGGAGCCCUCUUGAGCUAUGGCUGCUAUGAUUUAUCGAUUCUCCCUUCAUUAAAGCUCGCCCCAAACUCUACCCCAGUUCUCAGCUUGGAAGAUUCCGAGCGGUUUUUUGCCGCCUACCUCCCAGGCUUAUCAUUAGAGGACCGCAAGGACAGAGCAGUGUCGCCCGCCUACAACGACUUGGCCGGGCUCUGUCCAGCUCUAUUCCUUGUCGGUACCGAGGACGCCUUGGUCGACGACACGGUCCUGAUGCACUUUCGGUGGUUGCGAGCUGGCAACCAAGCAGUCUUACGCUUCGUACCUGGUGCCCCGCAUGGGUUCACACUGUUUGAUGCAUCGUCCGUCGAGGUCACUGCAAGUGGUUGGCAAAGUAUAGUCGACUUUACCCAAAAUCUACUCUAG